GCUGGCAGCAAUCUGAACUCUUAACAUUUAUUUUCAAUAUGUGGCUGCUACUCUAUGCGCUUGUGGUGUGUCCACUGCUUAUUGUGGUGUACUUUGAACUCAGUGUUUUAAAAAAGAGACGUAUCAUAGAUAAAAUAAAGGGACCCACUGCAGUUCCAGUUAUUGGAAAUAUUCACCAGCUGGGCAGUAAUCCAACAGAAAGUCUGAAUCGUGUUUUUGACAUGUGGCAUGAUUAUGAAAAGGAUAACUUUCGUUACUGGCUUGGCUAUCAGCCGAAUAUACUCAUUACGAAUCCAAAGCAUCUAGAGUUUAUAUUGAACAGCAAUGCUUUAAUACAAAAGUCCGAUCUUUAUGAUUUGCUGCAUCCCUGGCUCGGAUUGGGUUUACUAACAAGCACAGGCAGCAAAUGGCACAAGCAUCGCAAGAUGAUUACUCCUUCAUUUCAUUUCAAUAUACUGCAGGACUUUCACGAAGUGAUGAAUGCCAACUCCAGUAAAUUUAUUCAGCAACUUAAGUCACUAGCAGCUGGUGACAAUAUUAUAGAUUUUCAAGAUCUAGCGCAGUACUUAACGCUAGACAUUAUUUGUGAUACGGCCAUGGGGGUGACCAUAAAUGCCAUGGAGCAUGAUGACUCGACAAUAGUAAAGGCAAUUAAAUACAUGUGCUACAAUAUUAACAUGCGUGCUUUUCAUCCCAUAAAGCGAUCCAAUUUGCUGUUUCGACUAGCUCCAGACUAUCCCAAAUAUGCUCGAACGCUAAAAACGCUUAAGGACUUUACAAAUGAAAUCAUUGCAAAGCGUAUUGAGGCACAUCGCUCGGGCAGCGCCAAGCAGCAUGAGGGCGAUGAGUUUUCCAGAAAGAAAAUGGCUUUUCUGGAUACGCUGCUGUCUUCCACGAUUGAUGGACGCCCUUUGAAUCAGCAGGAAAUUUACGAGGAGGUUUCUACUUUUAUGUUUGAGGGUCAUGAUACAACAACCUCUGGAGUGGCUUUUGCUGUCUAUUUAGUGUCCAGAUUUCCAGCGGAGCAACGAAAACUUUUUGAAGAACAGCAGCGCAUCAUGGGCAGCAAUUGGCAACGCGAUGCCAACUACCAGGAAAUAGCGCAAAUGAAGUAUCUGGAUCUUUUUAUUAAAGAAGCGCAGCGUGUGUAUCCCAGUGUACCUUUUAUAGGGCGUUUUACAGAAAAGGACUAUGUUAUAAAUGGCACAGUCAUGCCAAAGGACACUACGUUGGAUUUGGCGCUGGUGGCUUUGGGCUACGAUGAUCGCGUUUUCAAGGAGCCGCAUCGCUUCAGACCAGAGCGCUUUGAAACUGAAAAGCCUGGACCGUUCGAGUAUGUGCCCUUUAGUGCUGGGCCACGCAAUUGCGUUGGUCAAAAGUUUGCACUACUUGAGAUUAAAACGGUGGUGUCCAAAAUUGUGCGCUGCUUUGAGGUGCUGCCUGCUGUGGAUGAGCUUAUUUCCAAUGAUGGACUUCUGAAUACUUACAUGGGUCUGCCUAAGAUACAAAGAGAGGAAAAGGAAAAACAUAGGCAUAAAUAUGAUCCAAUUUUAUCAGCUGUACUAACGCUAAAGUCAGAGAAUGGUUUACAUAUACGCUUGAAAGAAAGAAAGUAAAAAUAAAUAACAAUGCAUUGC